AAAAAAAAAAUCCAGUGGCGCGCCCUCCGCCUGGUUCCUGGGCAGACUCGCCAGCACCAGGGGGUGGGGAGUUGGAGCUGAAAGCUGCCGGAGAGUGAGCAGCCCUAGCAGGGAUGGACAUGAUGCUGUUGGUGCAGGGUGCUUGUUGCUCGAACCAGUGGCUGGCCGCGGUGCUCCUCAGCCUGUGCUGCCUGCUGCCCUCCUGCCUCCCGGCUGGACAGAGUGUGGACUUCCCCUGGGCGGCCGUGGACAACAUGAUGGUCAGAAAAGGGGACACGGCGGUGCUUAGGUGUUAUUUGGAAGAUGGAGCUUCAAAGGGUGCCUGGCUGAACCGAUCGAGUAUUAUAUUUGCGGGUGGUGAUAAGUGGUCAGUGGAUCCUCGAGUUUCCAUCUCCACACUGAAUAAGAGGGACUACAGCCUGCAGAUUCAGAAUGUGGAUGUGACUGACGAUGGCCCGUACACGUGUUCGGUUCAAACCCAACAUACACCGAGAACAAUGCAGGUCCAUUUAACUGUGCAAGUUCCUCCGAAGAUAUAUGACAUCUCAAGUGAUAUGACCAUCAAUGAAGGAACCAAUGUCACUCUUACUUGUUUGGCUACUGGGAAACCAGAGCCUUCCAUUUCUUGGCGGCACAUCUCCCCAUCAGCAAAACCAUUCGAAAAUGGACAAUAUUUGGACAUAUAUGGAAUUACAAGAGACCAGGCUGGGGAAUACGAAUGCAGUGCAGAAAAUGAUGUGUCAUUCCCAGAUGUGAAAAAAGUAAAAAUUGUCGUAAACUUUGCUCCUACAAUUCAGGAAAUUAAAUCUGGCACCGUGGCCCCUGGACGCAGUGGAUUGAUCAGAUGUGAAGGUGCAGGUGUGCCGCCUCCGGCCUUUGAAUGGUACAAAGGAGAGAAGAAGCUCUUCAAUGGUCAACAAGGAAUUAUUAUUCAAAACUUUAGCACAAGAUCCAUUCUCACCGUCACCAAUGUGACUCAGGAGCACUUUGGCAAUUAUACUUGUGUGGCUGCCAACAAGCUAGGCACUACCAAUGCAAGCCUGCCUCUUAACCCUCCAAGUACUGCCCAGUAUGGAGUCACCGGGAGCGCUGACAUUGUAUUCUCCUGCUGGCACCUUGUGUUGACACUGUCCUCUUUCACCAGCAUAUUCUACCUGAAGAAUGCCAUGCUACAAUAAAUUAAAAGACCCAAAAAAGGCUUUUAAGGAUUCUCUGAAAGUGCUGAUGGCUGGAUGCAAUCUGGUACAGUUUGUUAAAAGCAGCGUGGGAUAUAAUCAGCAGUGCUUACAUGGGGAUGAUCGCCUUCUGUAGAAUUGCUCAUUAUGUAAAUACUUUAAUUCUACUCUUUUUUUGAUUAGCUACAUUACCUUGUGAAGCAGUACACAUUGUCCUUUUUUUAAGAUGUGAAAGCUCUGAAAUUACUUUUAGAGGAUAUUAAUUGUGAUUUCAUGUUUGUAAUCUACAACUUUUCAAAAGCAUUCAGUCAUGGUCUGCUAGGUUGCAGGCUGUAGUUUACAAAAACGAAUAUUGCAGUGAAUAUGUGAUUCUUUAAGGCUGCAGUACAAGCAUUCAGCUCCCUGUUUCAAUCCACAUUUACAAAGAUGCAUUUUUUUUCCUUUUUGAUAAAAAAGCAAAUAAUAUUGCCUUCAGAUCAUUUCUUCAAAAUAUAGCACAUAUCUAGAUUUUUCUGCUCGCAUGAUAUUCAGGUUUCAGGAAUGAGCCUUGUCAUAUAACUGGCUGUGCACCUCUGCUUCUCCUUCCUGUAAGUUCAGCAUGGUGUGCCCUCAUAAACUAAUCUUUUUAGCUUCAUCUCCAAUGAUUACAACUGUUUGUUAGAUGCUAAAAUUUGAAAACAAAAGGAAGCCAAAACGGUAGACUUAAACUAUAUCAUAUCUCUAAAGAAUGAAGACGCUAUUAGACUGUAAAAAUUUCUUCCCUCAUUACCAGUGUGGUUUGAUAAUUUUGACUCACAAUAACUCAGUUUGGGGGAUGAAAAACAAUUUAACAGAGCACAGAUAAAUUUAGUGUAUGAUUUCUUUAGUUGUAGCUCAAAGUUACAUCCACUAUGGAAAAUAAUUCUCUUUAAAAUGACAGCACAGACCAUGUAAGAUUGCCUAGCAAUAUAGAUAGCAACUUAAAAAUAUAUGUACAGAGAUAGCAACUCUGCCUUUCACUAUUCCAAACCAAAAUCUUGAACAUGGUUUGUCAGAAAGGACACAAAGUCCCUUCACCUAAUAACACUAGUUGAUAAACACUCCAACUGAAUUUGGUUCUGUAGCAGCUACGUUUGGGGGACCGAGCCUAGAGUUCUCCUCUAGACAGGAGAACUGUGCACAUACUCUCUGUGAGCCCAUCAUUCAGUCUGGAAUAUAUGUUGUACAAAAUCAUGCUCCAAAUUAUAUUUCAACAAGUACAAUAUGCUAUUGUGCAGCAGAUUAAUCCCUGAAAUAACGAAAUCUACAAUAAAUUUAAGUUCUAUAACCAUUUCAGUUCAAACACAGGGUAAAAACAAAACAAAAAAACCCUGACUAUAACAACCAUCAAAACUCAUGUGUUAGCCCUUCUUUUAAGAUAUCUGUAAACUACUCCCGAUUUAAA